GGGGCACGGGAGGGGCGUGGCCGCGGCUCCGCGCAUGCGCGGCCCUUUCGGCUUCCGGCGCGGGUCCAGCACGCGGCGCGGCCAUGGCGGACGGGGACGGUGGCAGCGCCAAGAAGAAGCGCAAGAAGGAGAAGCGGCCGCUGCUGGACCAGGACGUGGCGGACAUCCAGCACACCGAGGAGUUCCUCAUCAAGCCCGAGUCCCGCGUGGCCCAGCUGGACACGUCGCAGUGGCCGCUGCUGCUGAAGAACUUUGACAAGUUAAAUGUGAUGACAGCACACUACACACCCCUGCCUUCUGGUGCUAACCCCCUUAAAAGGGAGAUCUCCGAGUAUGUAAGGUCAGGCUUUAUUAACCUCGACAAGCCUUCCAACCCAUCUUCGCACGAGGUGGUCGCGUGGAUCCGGCGCAUCCUUCGGGUAGAGAAGACCGGGCACAGCGGCACACUGGACCCUAAGGUGACUGGGUGCCUGAUUGUGUGCAUUGAGAGGGCAACGCGGCUGGUCAAAUCCCAGCAGAGUGCAGGCAAAGAGUAUGUGGGAAUUGUUCGGCUGCACAAUGCAAUUGAAAGUGAGGCUCAGCUUGCCAGGGCAAUAGAAACUCUGACAGGCGCCCUGUUCCAGCGACCUCCCCUCAUCGCUGCUGUCAAGCGGCAGCUGAGAGUCAGAACCAUCUAUGAGAGCAAGCUGGUGGAGUAUGAUCCUGAGAGAAGAUUAGGUAUCUUCUGGGUGAGCUGUGAAGCAGGCACGUAUAUCCGAACGCUUUGUGUGCACCUUGGUCUGCUGCUCGGUGUUGGGGGCCAGAUGCAGGAGCUCCGGAGAGUGCGAUCUGGGAUCAUGGGAGAGAAGGACAACAUGGUGACGAUGCAUGAUGUCCUGGACGCGCAGUGGCAGUAUGACAACAACAAGGAUGACAGCUACCUGAGAAGGGUGAUCCUGCCCCUGGAGAAACUGCUGACUUCCCACAAGCGGCUGGUCAUGAAAGACAGUGCAGUUAAUGCUAUUUGCUAUGGAGCAAAGAUCAUGCUACCUGGUGUCCUGAGGUAUGAAGACGGUAUUGAGCUUAAUCAGGAGAUUGUUGUCAUCACCACAAAAGGAGAAGCUAUCUGCCUAGCUAUCGCCUUGAUGACCACUGCAGUCAUCUCUACCUGCGACCAUGGCGUGGUGGCAAAGAUCAAGAGAGUGAUCAUGGAGAGAGACACGUAUCCCCGCAAGUGGGGCCUUGGUCCCAAGGCCAGUCAAAAGAAGAUGAUGAUCCAGAAGGGUCUGCUGGACAAGCACGGAAAGCCCAACGAGAGCACACCAGAUUCCUGGAAGAAGGAGUAUGUGGAUUACAGGGAGACGUCCAAGAAGGAGGCAGCUGCGGUUCCCCAAGCUGUAUCAGAGGUGGAGAGGGCUCCAAAAAGGAAGCGGGAGUCAGAGAGUGAAAGUGAGGAGGCCGUGACCCCGCCAUCCCCAGCCACUCCACCACCAGAGGAGCUGAGCAAAAAGGAAAAGAAGAAGAAGAAGAAAGAAAAGAAAGCCAAAGAAGCAGCUGAAAGUGGGGGAGAACAAGUAGAAGUGACCAGUGAAACCAGCACCAAGAAGAAGAAAAAGAAGAAACAGAAGGAGGUAGAAGAGAGCUCAGAGUAAGCGACUGGAUCUAUCCAAAGCAGGCGACCUCAUCGUUAGAGAGGGAGGAGUCUGAGGCCUUGAGAAACCAGGACUGGCUGCAUGGCAGAGGGGCCAGCAAGUUCCCAGUUCCUUUUCUGCUGUGCAUAAUAUGAGUGAGGAGGUGUGUUUGCCCAGGAUAAGCCCUGCUCAUGUGCCCCUCCUCAUCCUGUUUUAAGGGUAGCCAGAGGAGGGGGUACCUGACUGCCCCUGCACUGGAUUGCUUUGUGAAUCUGGACACCUUGAUGCCAACAGAAACGGCAUCUUCAGGGAAACUGCAGCUCCUUGCUCUUAGGUGUAUUCAUUUCCACCACGAGAGGGAGGAAUGGCACUUUCCCCCUGCUCUUGUCCUGCCUCUUCCUUCCUUCUCUUCCAGGGUUGGAGCUGUUACCUGACAGUCGCAGAAUGUAUUGGUGGCUGGAGGACUGGCCUCGCCAUGGCCCAUGGAAAGGGCUUGGCAUGGGGACAAUUGAAUCAGUUAUUUGAAGGGCUCUGUGGUUUUUUGACCUGGCCAUAUGCUUGGCUUGACCCUCAGAUAAUUGAGAACAAAUGUUCCAAAGGUAUUCAAUACCUUCUAAAAACUUCUAUCAUAAAGGAUUAGAACAUGAAUUUCCUGCUUUAUGCUUCAGAGAUCCUGUUAGUUCAGAGAUCCUGUUAGUUGUCAGCUGAUCCUAGACCCAGUGUCCCAGUAAUGUUGCUGGUGUCUACCUCCUGCUGGCUCCAUCCUGGUGGUUGGAAGGGGACUGCAGCACUCUCAGCUGCCUUCCCUUGUCUUGGUACCUAACGUGCUCUGGAAGCUUCCAGUGGGGAUGUGGCUGUGGGGCAGAAGCAGUAACAAGAAAGUGGCUGUGGCUGCCCAGGAUCUCUAAAGGGCUGUCGGGACUGGAGAGCUCAUGAGCAGCUGGCCAAAAGCAGCUCUGCAGGGGGCACUGGGUGUGGAGCUUGAACGGUUUCAUAAUGAGUUGUCCGAAUAUCCUUGGCUGGGGUGGCUCACUGGCAGCAGGAGGUCUCUUCUAUCACAGGGAUAGUGCUGAGCCAGGAUUUUAGCCCCUUUCGAUGGGGAAGGAUCCAGGCUGUGGUGUUCUGAGCUUCUAUCCCUGCAGAGAUCCUGUAACAUUUGUCUUACCUUAAUGCAUUGCUUUAACCUGACUUGUCUGACCCUUUUCUCCCCUCUAAUGCUAGAGGCGCAGGCAAUGGUGCCAGCAGCUGGUGACUGUCAGAACCUGAGCAGAUGAAAUGUCACGUUUUUAUUCUUUUUUACAUAAUAAAAGCCCUAUUUUUAAAUGGG